UUCAUGUAAUUAUUCUAAUGUUACUAAUCACUUCGUAAAAAGGAAAAAAAUACAUUAAACAGCUUAAGCUUUUCGUUCGUCUCAAGAUCAGUUAAAGGAUUAUCAAGUUAAAAUAAAGAAAAAUAUAUAAAAAAGAAAAAAAUCAAAUAACUUCACUUUCCACCCUCCAUACAACUCCCAAACUUCAAAAUCACAAUGCCAUUUAAGAUGUAUAGCACGAACCACGAAAUGGAUUAUUCCAAACAAUGAAUUUUGGGCCAAUCAAGUGUGCAUUAAUAUAGUUUAAAAUCCUUACGAAAAAUAAAAAAAUAAUCCAAAAUGUUAAGCAGCAAAUUUUAUUCUAAAACCAACACAGCCCAAUGGGUUAUUGACAGGCAAUACGGUCGAAUCGACAAUUUUAUCCGACAAAGCCUACAAAGUGCAUCUUACUUAAUUGAUCGUCUUGAAUUGGAGUCUGUUCUUGAAGGGCAUGAUGGCUGCGUCAAUUGCCUCGAAUGGAGCACCGAUGGCAAGAUUCUUGCUUCUGGCUCUGAUGAUUUCCAAGUAAUCCUCUGGGAUGUUUUCCAUAAGAAAAAAAUAAAAACAAUCAAAACACCCCACACUGGCAACAUGUUUUCGGUUAAGUUUUUACCAAAGAGUGGAAAUUCGCUCAUUGCAUCGGGAGCGGCUGAUAAAUGCAUCUAUGUUUUUGAUGUGAAUCGUUCAAACGAGAAAAUUAUGGAUUGCAGUUGCCAUCUAGCUAGAGUUAAGAGAUUGGCAACAGCUCCAGAUCAUCCGUAUAUCUUUUGGUCGGUUGGCGAAGAUGGAUGUCUUUUUCAAUUUGAUAUACGCGAAAAUCAUCGUUGUCGAUCAGAAGAUAAUGUUAGACUUUUAAAUCUUUCAGCAAGUAUAAAACUUCCAACAGAGGCCAAAUGCAUUGCUAUAAAUCCUCGAAGAACAGAACAGAUAGCUUUGGGAGCAAAUGAUCCAUACGCACGUAUCUACGACCGACGUAUGUUGACCAGGACCUCCGUUAGUUCACCACCUACCAACAACCAGGGUGAAGAAAUUAGCGUAGUACCUAAAGAUUGUGUAACUUAUUAUAGUCCAGGACAUAUACAGCAGUCAACUCAGAGGUAUAUUGACCACGACAGUCGAGCUAUUACAUAUUUGACCUUCAAUGACACUGGGAAUGAACUUCUUGUCAACAUGGGUGGUGAUCAUAUUUAUCUGUAUGAUUUGCAGACGGCUCAACAGCCUGUUUUCUUGAAUUUACCCGAAUACCAACCGCCUGCUCUGGAUGAGACUGUACGUUCAACAGCUUUUCCCGUAACGUCGGAGGUUAGUAAAAGGAACCUACCAGAAAAUAUUGAAAUUUUUAAAAAAAUGGGCAAUGAAUUCCUGGAGAACGAGAAAUAUGUGCGUGCUAUUGAUCAAUAUUCUGAGGCUAUUUCUAUCUUUCCAGACUGUCCCGUUCUGUAUUUCAAUCGCGCUAUCGCCUAUAUGCGUCGACUUUGGUAUGGAGAUGUAUAUGCUGCUUUGAGAGAUUGUCAUCAAGCUCUUAAGUUAGAUCCUUCUUACAUUAAAGCACACUUUCGCCUGGCUCGUGCUUUACUAGAUCUUGGUCGUGCUAAGGAAGCCGAUGAAUGCCUCAAGGAGCUUGUCAAUCGUUUCCCGAAUUAUACAAACAACCACGGUGUGAUGAUGCUGCGCAAGGACAUCAUGGAAAACAGGGAUGCUAAAAGUGAGGACUCAUUUGACCCAGUAGAACUGCCUGUCGCUGAAUGGCGUUUCAGAAGCAAAGCCAAAGACUAUUAUAAGCGUUUCGUUGGUCAUUGCAAUACUACUACGGACAUAAAAGAAGCAAACUAUUUUGGUAAAGAUGGUGAGUUUAUUGUAGCUGGGUCGGAUGAUGGAAAUUUUUUUAUAUGGGAUCGCAAAACUUGCAAAAUUCGCAGUGUCUACAAGGCAGAUAUGGCAAUAGUCAAUUGUGUACAACCACAUCCUGAAAUAUGUCUAAUGGCUACAAGUGGAAUUGACCACGAUAUAAAAAUAUGGAGUCCUCAAGGAGAAAUUCCCAACGAGAAACGAAACCGUGUACAAUACAUUGAUAAAAUUGUGGAAACCAAUCAACACAGAAUGAAGGCAGAUCCAUUUGAUUUAAAUACUCCCGGGACUUUUUGUAGAAGUAGCUAGUUAAUGAACCAAUUGAUAAUGAAGUUUUAUGUUACGUUUAUAGAAGGCAAUGUCCACCACCAAUCACAUGUAUCCUUAAUUAUGUUAGUUGACUUUUAUUUGAUAAAUUGUGUUUCUUAUACAUUUUAUAACAAUUUGAAAGAUAUCCAGUGAUGAAAAAAUUGUUGCAAAAACUAAAAAGUUGCAGUGUGAUAAAUUAUCUCAAUAUAUUUUAAAUGUGUAAGUUUUUUUUUGUUUUCUAUUUAAAGGUUAACCUACGAAGGCCUAUUAAAAAUGUCAUUUUAAAACUUUAAACCAUUAUAAUAAUAGGUGUUUUCAACACAUUCAAAUAUUCAACAAGUUAUAUUUUCUUUGUUAAAAUAAUUUUCUAGUACCUACCUACAUACAAAAUAUAACAUAAGAAUUUAAAGAUAUUUCUAAAACAAACUAUUUUUAUUUUUGAACGUUAAAUAUUGGGGGGAGGAUGAAUUUUUGAAACUAUUAAGGUGAAAAGAA